AAAGCUGAGAUUCACGCAGCAAUGGAUGUACCUUCAACAGACUCCUUGAGUCUUAGCAGUCCCCAAAUGUAUCUUGGCUCCCCAGAUCCUCAAAACAAUAUAUCCGCUAAACAACCCAUGAGUGCCACCCUUCGAGAGAGGCUCAGAAAAAUGCGAAGAUCUUUUACUUCACCAUGUUCAGUGGCCAAACGUCUGAAAAUUGAUUGUGAAGAGAGUAACGUUCCAUCACAGUGUGCCAGCAAUCCCUCACCUCCUCAGGAUCUUCAGAGAGCCUCCACAGCACACACACAUACUGUUAUCUCAUCUGCAGAUACCAGGCUUUCAGAACAUCUGCCAUCAGUGGGAGCCUCCACACCAGUCACUCGUAGGUAUACCAGCCAGCAAGAUUUUCUCCAAGAGAAAAGAAGGUUACUAAAGCGCAUCGAAGAGAAGGAAGAAAUUCUAAGGAGAGUAAAAAUGGUUAAAUUGUAUCGAUCUAAGAACAAUCUGACUGAAUUACAGUCAUUAAUAGAAAAAUGGAGAAAAGGAAGUCAGCUUGUGCUGUAUGAACUCCAAACAGCCUUAACCACGGAGAAUAAAAAGAUUAGUCUCACACACCUGAUAGAAAGUUAUGGGCUGGAUGAGAAAUUACUUCACUACAACAGAACAGAAGAAGACUUUGAAGAUCAAUGACAAGUUAUUGUGUGAAGGACUAUUUUCUUUAUUGUUGA